AAUAGAAUAACCACCUCUCCACUCUCUCUCUCUCUCUCUCUCAAAGCUCUCCCUCUGCCAUGAACGAAUCUUCAACCCUGAUUAUCCAUAUUAUCCUCAUCAUCAUCCACAUCUUCCUACUCCGUUGUGGUGCCUCCGUUUCCACGCCACCACUGCCGUCUCCCCCAGUCACUUGCUCCGACGAGUUGGUCACCUUCUCACCAUGUCUUCCCUACAUCUCCGCUUUCCCCAAUAACAUUUCCGAAAUCCCUCCGCCUCAAUGCUGCGACGACGUCUCUAUUACCUUCGCCUCUGGAUCUGCCGUCUGCCUUUGCUAUUUGGUUCGCCGGCCUGGAAUUCUUGGAUUUCCGCUUAACUAUACGAAGCUAAUGUCUAUCACUUCUGUCUGUCCAGAGAAGCGUCAUGGAUCCAAAGCAAAUUUCUCUCUCAAGUUUCUGUGCUCAGAAUCAGCUACCCUGCCUCCUCUCAACAGCGUAACAGAUCCACACCGUUCCCAGCCAAACAACUCUGGUGCUGGUAGUCCUGCACCCUCUUUGAUGGGCUCAGCUCAAGACUCUAGCAAUGCUUCAGUCGCACCAAGGCCUUCUAACGAGUUACCGAUUCAGCAUAGGAAUUCAACCAUACCAGCAAGAAUUUCAUCUGCCACUAAAAGGAUUCCUACUCCAACUUUCCCUGUAAUCAUAGCAUUCCUUGUUUACAAUUGCUUGUACUAACACCCUAUGAUUCAUCAAUA